UUAACAACCUGAGACAUGGCUUCUACAAGACAAUCUGCUUUAGAGUACAUUACAAAUGGAAGGCGACGUCUCAUUGGAAGGCUCCAGAAUCUGCCCCUCAUUGUGGAAAACCUGUUCCAGCGCAAGGUUCUUCACGAGGAGGAAGUCAGUAAAAUUCAGGCUGAAGUUGACCAUUUUGACCAAACCAGAAAAAUACUGGACUGGGUCUCGGCCAAAGGAGAGGUUGCAUGCUACGAGUUACUGACGAUUCUAGACAUCACAAGGAAGAGGACCUUAGAUGAUGCUGACUUACAGCAAUGGAUCAGCUGCUUCCCCUUCGAGGAAGACCCAGAGAUGACAGACUACCUUGUUGGUUCAAAACCCUGUCACAGAUAUCAGACACAGCUGAAAUGUAAAGCACGGAAGAUCACAGAGGGUGCAUGGACACAAAGCUGUAGUCUCCUACCAGAGAGAUGUAGAAAUGAUGGGACGUUCUCUUACACCCCUCUUGUGUUAGAUACAGAUGUGUGUUCAUCUCUCUCUAAAAUUAAAAUGAAGAAUAAAAAAUGCAAGAAAGCUCGGCCUAAAAAGCUAAAGAGCUUCAUCCCCUUGGCCAAACAGGAAACAUCCCCAGCUGACCUGCUUAAAACACAUGAGAAUAAAAUCCUCCUGGUUGGAAAACCUGGAAUUGGAAAAACAUCAGUCACCCAUCAGAUGUUGAACCUCUGGGCAGAGAAAGAUCACAGAGAACUAGAUUACAUGUUUUAUUUUGACGUGAGAGACAUUUCACACAGAAAAGCCAUGAGCCUGGAGGACCUUCUCUUUAACAUGUACAGUGAGCCAAACGAAAGUAAAGAAGAAGUGUUACAGGAUAUUAAGAAGAACUCUGAAAACGUUGUCAUCAUAUUUGAUGGAAUCACAGACCUCUCCUCUCUGUCGGUAGUAAAGGACCUUGUGGAGAACCUCCUCCCGGAUGCAAAGGUUGUGACCACAUGCAGACCAGAUCAAUCGGAAGACUUCCUGACAGACUGGCCCACAGACUGGUUCAGAGUGGAGGUGAAAGGGUUCAGUGAUGAAUCCAUCAGGGCUUAUUUAACACAGAUGCUGAGUGCUGAGCCUGACUCCUUGAGCAGUGUGUUAAACAACCUAGAGUUGUUCAGUCUGUGCCAUGUCCCAAUGUACGCACUGAUGGUGGUUGCCUGCAUUUAUUUCCCUACAUCAGUGGCUUCUAAACAGACAUGCACUAUAACUGAAAUGUACAUCAACAUCCUCCGUCACUGCAUCCAAAAACACAGUGGCAAACGACUGGAAGAUCACAAUAAGUGUCUCAAAAAAAACAGAGAGAAAAUAUUGUCUUUGGCAGAAAUUGCUUUUGAUGCAACAAAUGAGAAAAACAUGAACUUGACAACACUGAGUUGUGAAGAAAGCAGUGUCCAUUUUGCGUUCUUGGGGGCAUUUAUGGUUAACAUUUCACCCACAGAGUCAUUCACUUGCGCUGCAUUUCUCCAUUAUACAAUGCAGGAGUUCUUUGGUGCCCUUUGGCUCUUACAGAAUCCAGACAAAAUCAGAGAGGUUCUAGAGAAGUGCCAAACUGAAGAAUGGAAACACACAAAACACUUAAUUCCUUUCCUGUGUGGGCUUCUGAAUGAGAGGAAUACUAGAUUGGUAAACAGUCUAGUUCCAGCUGAACAGAUCAAGAAGACAUCAGAUUGGUUCUUCAAGGAAGUGGUGAACACAUUUCUUCCAUCUCAAACAAACCAAGAUCAUGCAGAAGGUGGUGCUCCCGAGUCUGAGAAAGAUCUUCUGUUUUUGUGUCAGUGCUUGUAUGAAUAUCAGUCUACUGAGGCCUGUCUGCUUCUCCUGGACAAACUGGACUAUCAUCUAGACCUGAGUGGAGAACAUCUUGAUCCUCACCAGUGCUGUGCAGUCUCUUAUGUGACAAGUCAGUCUGCAGAGAGAAAGGUUGGCUUGGACCUGAACGGCUGCACUGUGUCAGACCAAGGAGUAAGGCUGAUACUGGGCUCUCUGAAGAAUGUCAGACAUCUUGGACCAUCCUCUGAUGAUUCAUCUGACCCCUCAAUGUUGUGUCAACUCUGGACAACUUUGCUGAGCAGUGAGGCAGAGAUGGACUUCACCAGCUUACUUGGUAUCUGUGGAAAUGAGUUGCACCUUCCAGUCCAGGGUGAAGGACGAGUGUUUGAGAGAGCAGAAGAAGUGAUGAAGCAGAGUCUAGAGAGGGUUCAUCUCUGUGUACACUGGGAUCAGAGAACUGUUCUCAGUAAAGCUCUCAGCAAAACCAUCUUAAAGUGUCUACCAAAUAUCAACAAACUCAGGUUUACCCCUCUACAACAUCAGAGAGGAUCCCCUGAAAGACUGGAGACAGAAGAGAAAGCAGUCCUACUAGAUUUGUGUCUACAAGCAGCACUAGAUCACACAGAAACAUUCCAGAGAACUGUGAACACACUGCUGUCACUGUUCUCUGUGUAUCAAACUGAGAGAUAUGACAUCCUGCUGGAUCUGUACUCUCAUGUGAAGUACAAUAGGAAUCAAACAGCCAGGAGUAUCCUUCCAUCAUGGAAGCCACUUUACCAGUCAGCUCCUGCAGUCUGGUCCAUAGACCUCUCAGAGAGAAAGGCCUCCCUCCUCCUAGAGGUGCUGAAACUCCAACCAGGGAAGAAACCAGUAGAGCUGAAGGACUGGUCAGAUGAAGAGAGUGAAGUGAGGAGUUUCCUUCAGUGUCUGCCCUACAUCUCACAGCUGAGAUUUUCUCUACUGAAGGACAUAAAGAGGACAAAUAGAGAGAAGACAUUCCUACUGAAUCUGUGUCUUCAAGCAGCUCUCCAUGAGAGAGAAACCAUACAAACAGCUGUAGAGAAAGUGUUGUCGCUGUCUAAAGUAUAUCACAACCAGAAAUGUGAUUUCCUGCUGGAUCUGUUCUCACAUGUGAAGGACUAUGAGACUCAAACAGGCAGGAGUGUCCUUCCAGCAUUACAGCCAGUUUACCAGUCAGCCAGUCCUGCAGUCUGGUCCAUAGACCUCUCAGAGAGAAAGGCCUCCCUCCUCCUAGAAGUGCUGAAACUCCAACCAGAGCAGAAACCAGUAGAGCUGAAGGACUGGUCAGACGAAGAGAGUGAAGUGAGGAGUUUCCUUCAGUGUCUCCCCUACAUCUCACAGCUGAGUUUUACUCCACCACAGGAUCAGAGAAGAUCCCCUGAAGAGAGGACAAAGAGAGAGAGGACAUUCCUACUGAAUCUGUGUCUUCAAGCAGCUCUCCAUGAGAGAGAAACCAUACAAACAACUGUAGAGAAAGUGUUGUCACUGUCUAAAGUAAAUCACAACCAGAAAUGUGAUUUCCUGCUGGAUCUGUUCUCACAUGUGAAGGGCUAUGAGACUCAAACAGGCAGGAGGGUCCUUCCAGCAUUACAGACAGUUUACCAGUCAGCCAGUCCUGCUAUCUGGUCCAUAGUCCUCUCAGAGAGAAAGGCCUCCCUCCUCCUAGAAGUGCUGAAACUCCAACCAGAGAAGAAACCAGUAGAGCUGAAGGGCUGGUCAGAUGAAGAGAGUGAAGUGAGGAGUUUCCUUCAGUGUCUGCCCUACAUCUCACAGCUGAGUUUCUGUCCACGGAGGUCUGAUUCCUCAAAGCAGAUCAAGUUCCUGGUGGAUCUCCUGUCUCAAGCAGCAGAGUGGGAGGAGCAGACAGGAGAGAAGACACUGAAGCUGGUAUCAUCAGUGUGUACUUACAGCACCUUUCCUUAUCGCCAUGGAGACAAUUCUGAACAGAGUGAUUUCCUGCUGGAUCUGUACUCACAUGUGAGGGACUAUGAGACUCAAACAGGCAGGAGUGUCCUUCCAGCAUUACAGGCAGUUUACCAGUCAGCCAGGCCUGCAGUCUGGUCCAUAGACCUCAGAAAGAGAAAGGCCUCCCUCCUCCUAGAAGUGCUGAAACUCCAACCAGAGAAGAAACCAGUAGAGCUUAAGAGCUGGUCAGAUGAAGAGAGUGAAGUGAGGAGUUUCCUUCAGUGUCUGCCCUACAUCUCACAGCUGAGUUUCUGUCCAUGGAGGUCUGUUCCCUCAAAGCAGAUCAAGUUCCUGGUGGAUCUCCUGUCUCAAGCAGCAGAGUGGGAGGAGCAGACAGGAGAGAAGACACUGAAGCUGGUAUCAUCAGUGUGGACUUACAGCACCUUUCCUUUUCCCUAUGGAGACAGUUCUGAACAGAGUGAUUUCCUGAUUGAUCUGUUCUCACAUGUGAAGGACUAUGAGACUCAAACAGGCAGGAGUUUCCUUCCAGCAUUACAGCCAGUUUACCAGUCAGCUCCUGCAGUCUGGUCCAUAGACCUCUCAGAGAGAAAGGCCUCCCUCCUCCUAGAAGUGCUGAAACUCCAACCAGAGAAGAAACCAGUAGAGCUGAUGGGUUGGUCAGAAGAAGAGAGUGUAGUGAGGAGUUUCCUUCAGUGUCUGCCCUACAUCUCACAGCUGUGUUUCCAUCCAUGGAGGUCUGAUCCCUCAAAGCAGAUCAAGUUCCUGGUGGAUCUCCUGUCUCAAGCAGCAGAGUGGGAGGAGCAGACAGGAGAGAAGACACUGAAACUGGUAUCAUCAGUGUGUACUUACAGAACCUUUCCUUUUCUCAGUGGAUACAAUCAUAAACAGAGUGAUUUCCUGUUGGAUCUGUUCUCACAUGUGAAGGACUAUGAGACUCAAACAGGCAGCAGAGUCCUUCCAGCAUUACAGACAGUUUACCAGUCAGCUCCUGCAGUCUGGUCCAUAGACCUCUCAGAGAGAAAGGCCUCCCUCCUCCUAGAAGUGCUGAAACUCCAACCAGAGAAGAAACCAGUAGAGCUGAAGGGCUGGUCAGACGAAGAGAGUGAAGUGAGGAGUUUCCUUCAGUGUCUGCCCUACAUCUCACAGCUGAGUUUUACUCCUUCACAGGGUCAGAGAAGAUCCCCUGAAGAGAGGAGAAAGAGAGAGAGGACAUUCCUACUGAAUCUGUGCCUUCAAGCAGCUCUCCAUGAGAGAGAAACCAUACAAACAACUGUAGAGAAAGUGUUGUCACUGUCUAAAGUACAUCACAACCAGAAAUGUGAUUUCCUGCUGGAUCUGUUCUCACAUGUGAAGGACUAUGAGACUCAAACAGGCAGGAGGGUCCUUCCAGCAUUACAGCCAGUUUACCAGUCAGCUCCUGCAGUCUGGUCCAUAGACCUCUCAGAGAGAAAGACCUCCCGCCUCCUAGAAGUGCUGAAACUCCAACCAGAGAAGAAACCAGUAGAGCUGAAGGACUGGUCAGAUGAAGAGAGUGAAGUGAGGAGUUUCCUUCAGUGUCUGCCCUACAUCUCACAGCUGAGUUUCCAUCCAUGGUGGUCUGAUCCCUCAAAGCAGAUCAAGUUCCUGGUGGAUCUCCUGUCUCAAGCAGCAGAGUGGGAGGAGCAGACAGGAGAGAAGACACUGAAGCUGGUAUCAUCAGUGUGGACUUACAGCACCUUUCCUUAUCACUAUGGAGACAAUUAUAAACAGAGUGAUUCCCUGCUGGAUCUGUACUCACAUGUGAAGGACUAUGAGACUCAAACAGGCAGGAGUGUCCUUCCAGCAUUACAGACAGUUUACCAGUCAGCUCCUGCAGUCUGGUCCAUAGACCUCAGAAAGAGAAAGGCCUACCUCCUCCUAGAAGUGCUGAAACUCCAACCAGAGAAGAAACCAGUAGAGCUGAAGGGCUGGUCAGAUGAAGAGAGUGAAGUGAGGAGUUUCCUUCAGUGUCUGUCCUACAUCUCACAGCUGAGUUUCUGUCCAGUCUGGUCUGAUCCCUCAAAGCAGAUCAAGUUCCUGGUGGAUCUCCUGUCUCAAGCAGCAGAGUGGGAGGAGCAGACAGGAGAGAAGACACUGAAACUGGUAUCAUCAGUGUGUACUUACAGCACCUUUCCUUUUCACUAUGGAGACAAUUAUAAACAGAGUGAUUUCCUGCUGGAUCUGUACUCACAUGUGAGGGACUAUGAGACUCAAACAGGAAGGAGUUUCCUUCCAGCAUUACAGGCAGUUUACCAGUCAGCCAGGCCUGCAGUCUGGUCCAUAGACCUCAGAAAGAGAAAGGCCUCGCUCCUCCUAGAAGUGCUGAAACUCCAACCAGAGAAGAAACCAGUAGAGCUUAAGAGCUGGUCAGAUGAAGAGAGUGAAGUGAGGAGUUUCCUUCAGUGUCUGCCCUACAUCUCACAGCUGAGCUGUGGUGAUGACAGGUUCUUCCAGACUGUGUGUGAAUCCAUCCCUGUGAGGUCCAGAGAGGAGGACCAGCAGUUGGCCUCUCUCCUCCAGGCAUUGGGCUCCACCCUGUCACUGGGAGGAGAGUUACCCAGGAAAACCUGCAGGUCUGUGGGGAGAGUCCUGGGUCUCUGUGCCUCCAGAGUGGACCUCACUCUCACCCCCAGCAAGAUCUCUCUCCAAGGAGCCGCACUUCUUUUGAGACAUGAGUCAAAGCUCCACAAGCUCAGGCUGAGUGUUGGUGUGGCAGUGAAACUGUCCAGACUGGUUAGGAGGACAGGGAGAGGUGCUACUCCACUGACUGUCCCAGAACUCUCCCUGGUCCUAAAGAGCAGCCAGCCACCAGAGAGAGUGUUAUCCAGGGCUCUGAGUAGUGUGGCGUCCCUGCUGAGACUCUGGAGGGUUCAGUGUCUGGACCUGACUGACUUCUGCAUUCAGGGUCACUCUCUCAUCACACUGCUGUGUCACCAGGGACCUCUCUCUCUCAGACUGAACUCAGAAACUUUGCAGCAGCUGACUGUAGUAGUCUAUGAAGCUCAGGACAAGGACUUGACUCAGUGGUUCCUGGAGAAGGUUGGUGGAGACCUGACCUCCUGCAGGCUGGACUGGGAAGUGCUUCUCUCUCUAAUGCAGCAUUCAACCCACAACAUCACUGUGGACCUCAGGAAGAACCGGCUCCUAGAGAAGAACAGCUCAGAUCUUCUCCCCUUUCUGGGAAGGGUUACUCUCAAGAGGUCCAGUUCCAGCUUUGUAAAGUCCUCCAUCAGACAGAUCUAUGACAGUAGAGCCAGUGACUGUGUGUCCAGUUUGUUGAGUUCUUCAGACCAUUGGAUCAACCUGAACAGCAGAGAGCUGGACAGAGUGGACUGUACCGCUCUGUGUUUUACCCUGCUGCACAGCCACCAAGUCAAAGUCAACCUGCUGUGGACCUCCAUACCACCGGGGGAGAUAGAGAGCAUCCUGCCUCUUCUGGACAGAGUCUCCCAACUCAGUGUUGACAGGAGGUUACUGCUGAGUUUCCUCCAGUGCUGUGCUGCCUCUCAGAUCCAUCAGGGGGCGCCACCACUACCAACAGCAGUAUGGCUGCUCAGGUCUCUGCACUACAGACUGGACUUCUCCUGCUCCUCCUCUGUGGACCUGUCAGCUCAGGACCAGGGGGAGGCUCUGUGUCUGACCACUGACCAUUGCAGGGCCAUCAACUCUGUUCUGAAGCAGAACCAACACGGCACCCCGCUGGUUCAGAACCAGGUCCAGAUCAUCCUAAGAGACUGUGAGGUGGAGGACAGAGCACUGAGGGAGCUGCUUCCCAUCCUGAAUAUUGUCAAGCUGAGCCCCAGCAAAGCUCUGCUACUUCAGCUGCUGUACCUUGUGUGUGAGGGGAUUGAAGAGGGGCUGCUGAGGCACGCAGAGUCCCUGUGCAGAGCCCUGGAUGGGGAGCUGGACCUCAGUGAGACCAGGCUGGACCAGAAGGCCUGUGGAUCUCUGGCCCUGGUUCUGGAACACUCAGAGGGUCUGUCAGAACUGGACCUCAGCCACUGUCAACUCACAGACCACCAGCUACAGCCCCUGAUCACACACCUUCAUAAAGUACAAGUCCUGGACCUGAGCCACAAUGACAUCACUGAUGCUCUGACUGACAGAAUACUCCAACUGGUCUCUACCAACACUUCAAUACACACCGUACGACUCUUCAACAACAGAAUCCAGGACAGAAGACCCUUCCUGACAGAUAAGAGGUUUGACAUCUGGUGAAACAACAUCAGGUCUUAGUUCAGGAAGAGAAGGCUGAAUCCAGGACAGAAGACCCUUCCUGACAGACAAGAGGUUUGACAUCUGGUGAAGAUAAUGCUGUAUAAUGACAGGAUAAUGUGGUCAAUGUAGAAGAUCUGGUGAUGAUAAUGUUGUAUAAUGACACUAUAAUGUGUCAAUGUAGAAGGCAGGUUUGACAUGUGGUGAUGAUAAUGUUGUAUAAUGACACUAUAAUGUGUCAAUG